GGCAGUAGUACUGUAAAAUUAAUGGGCUGCCGUGAUUGGGUCGGCUGACCCGUUUUCCUGCCCUCUGUUCAUCGAGCUCUGGCAAUGCCGUCUCCGCUUAAUCCCAGUUUGAAAAGGAAAAGGAAUGUGCGAGACACGAAUUAUAAGAGGGAAAGGAUUCACUGGACCUUCUUCUUCAACUUAUAACAAUUAUGGCCACUUCUGAUUCUCAGCGUCGCCGCGUUUUUGUUGGGAAUAUACCAUAUGAUGCUACUGAGGAGCAACUAAUGCAAAUCUGUGAGGAAGUUGGACCAGUUGUUUCCUUCAGAUUAGUGAUUGAUAAAGAAACUGGGAAACCAAAAGGUUAUGGAUUCUGCGAAUACAAGGAUGAAGAGACUGCAUUAAGUGCUCGCCGCAACCUUAAGGGUUACGAGAUAAAUGGUCGGCAGCUAAGAGUUGAUUUUGCUGAAAAUGAUAAAAAUUCCGACAGAAAUCGUGAACAGGGUCGCGGCGGACCUGGUAUGACUGCGAAUGUUGAUCCCCAAAAACACAUUGGGGGACCAGCUGUCCCUGUGGAUUCUGCACUUCAGCAGCCAUUAGGCAUGUCAGUAGCUAUGACUGCUGCAGCCGUUAUGGCAGGAGCUCUUGGAGCUGCUCAGAGUAGUUGCUCAUUCAGCCAGUCUGGGAUAGAUCCUUUAACACUACAUAUGUCCAAAUUGUCUAGGAGCCAACUGAAAGAUGUUAUGUCUGAGUUCAAGGCAAUGUGUACACAAAACAAGGAACAGACACGCCAAUUGCUGCUAGCAAUUCCAAAUUUGUCAAAAGCUCUUUUUCUGGCACAGCUAAUACUGGGAAUGGUAACCCAACCAAUGUUGCAGACGCCAAACAUUCAGCAAUCGGCUGCACCUAAGCUGCAGCCAUUGGUUCUAGAUAGUCAGCAAAGUCAACAACUGUCAACUCAGUCUCUUCUUGGGUUACCCCCACUUCCUCCUAGUUUACUCCCCCAGGCACAGCCUCAGACUCAACUAGCACAAUCGCAGAACCAAGUUUUGCAAAGUCAGUUGCCUAUGCCUUCUAGAAAUCCUUCCAUCAAUGCAACCCAAGUCAAUGUGUCAAUUAAUCCAACAGUUCAGGUGGGAACUUCUGUUGCUGUAAAGCAGCAAAUGCAGCCUUUUUUCUUACAACAAGCUGGGCCAGUUGCUUCCAUGAAUUUUACAUAUAAUAGUCAGCUGGGGACAGAAAAGACAAGAUAUCCUCCUCCUCCUUCAUCAAUGCGUACCCCAUCAUUGGAACAAGGUUCUCAGGGAAAUCCUUCAGUAGUGUCUGGUGUCUUGGAUAAUACGAAUAAAGACUCUCAACGACCCCAGGCUCCUAAUAAUUCAUCUUUGAUUACCAGACCAGCUUACCCUUCAGGUUUGCCUGAGGUGAAGAGAGGGGCAGCAUAUAAUCUAGAUCUUCUGAGUCGGCCAUCAAAAACGACAAGGCUAAAUGAUGGAAUAAGUUAUGCCUUACCUGAUGCAAGUGUAUCUACGCCCCAGUCAGGAUGCUCGACUCAAAUUUUAGCUGCAGCAGAAAUGUCAAACCCUGAUAAACAAGCUACUCAGGUACAGCUUCCCUCGGACGUUGAGUCUGCCUUGCUGCAACAAGUACUGAGUCUCACUCCUGAGCAGUUAAGUGCACUGCCACCAGAUCAACAGCAGCAGGUCAUUCAGCUCCAACAGAUGCUUCGGCGGCCAACAUAGCCAAACUUUAAUACGUGACAAGGACCUCAGAUACUUGCCCCACCAAAAUAUUUGUGCAGAAGGGCAUGUUGUCUUUUGGAUCAUUUACCAUAUUGUAAAGUGAUUGAUUUCCAAAGGAUUGUUAAAAUGCACUUGGGUGUAUUACAUUCAUGUAAUGACUAUAAGCAGGCUGUUUACAAGCUAAAUGAAAGAAAGAGGAAAGAGUUUUGUA